AUGAAAAACAAUGUGAAAAAUGGACUUGAUCAGAACUCAAAACGCGACGAAGAAAACAUGCCGAGAAACAUGCUUGAAGGUCAUUUUAAUAAAAGGUCACGGAAUCGAAAAAGAAGGUUGGCACAGAUCAAAAGGAACUUGCGAGAACCAAUUUUGCAAAGAAGUCAAUGGAAAAGAGCUGGUCCGUCGCAACCUCAAAAAUGGAAAGGAGUACGCCCGUUGAAAGGUGCGAAUACUCCUUUAACUACAACAAAGGCAACUGUCAAAACGCCAGCAUCUUUAAAAUAUGCGAACCCGUCCAAAAAAGCCAAAGUCGCAAGCCAGGGAAAACCGUCGCCUAUUAAUAAUGCAAAUCCUUCCAAAAAAGCCAAAAUCGCAAGCCAGGGAAAACCGUCGCCUAUUAAUAGUGCAAAUCCUUCCAAACAAGCCAAAGUCGCCAGCCAGGGAAAACCGCUGCCUAUAAAUAGUGCGAAUCCAUCAAAACAAGCUAAAGUUGCAAGUCCAGGAAAACUAUCGCCCAUAAAUAGUGCAAACCCUUCCAAGAAAGCCAAAAUUGCAAGCCAGGGAAAACCGUCCCCUAUUAAUAGUGCAAAUCCUUCCAAAAAAGCCAAAGUCGCCAGCCAGGGAAAACCGUCGCCUAUUAAUAGUGCAAACCCUUCCAAAAAAGCCAAAGUCGCCAGCCAGGGAAAACCGCUGCCUAUAAAUAGUGCGAAUCCAUCAAAACAAGCUAAAGUUGCAAGUCCAGGAAAACCAUCGCCCAUAAAUAGUGCAAACCCUUCCAAGAAAGCCAAAAUCGCAAGCCAGGGAAAACCGUCGCCUAUUAAUAGUGCAAACCCUUCCAAAAAAGCCAAAGUCGCCAGCCAGGGAAAACCGUCGCCUAUUAAUAGUGCAAACCCUUCCAAAAAAGCCAAAGUCGCCAGCCAGGGAAAACCGUCGCCUAUAAAUAGUGCGAAUCCAUCGAAACAAGCUAAAAUUGCAAAUCCAGGAAAACCAUCGCCCAUAAAUAGUGCAAACCCUUCCAAAAAAGCCAAAGUCGCAAGCCAGAGAAAACCGUCGCCUAUUAAAAGUGCAAACCCUUCCAAAAAAGCCAAACUCGCAAGCCAGGGAAAACCAUCGCCUAUUAAUAGUGCGAAUCCAUCAAAACAAGCUAAAAUUGCAAGUCCAGGAAAACCAUCGCCCAUAAAUAGUGCAAACCCUUCCAAAAAAGCCAAAGUCGCAAGCCAGAGAAAACCGUCGCCUAUUAAAAGUGCAAACCCUUCCAAAAAAGCCAAAGUCGCCAGCCAGGGAAAACCGUCGCCUAUUAAUAGUGCGAAUCCAUCGAAACAAGCUAAAAUUGCAAGUCCAGGAAAACCAUCGCCCAUAAAUAGUGCAAACCCUUCCAAAAAAGCCAAAGUCGCAAGCCAGAGAAAACCGUCGCCUAUUAAAAGUGCAAACCCUUCCAAAAAAGCCAAAAUUGCAAGCCAGGGAAAACCGUCGCCUAUUAAUAGUGCGAAUCCAUCGAAACAAGCUAAAAUUGCCAGGAAACCUAAGCCGUCUGCAAUUAAAAGUGCAUCGCCGAGUAAAAAAGCUAAAGGUUCUAACUAUCAGCAAGGAAAAGUGCCUCCAGCUAUUGGACCUGCGAGGCCAAAUAAACAAGUCAAGCCAAAUACGGCCGGUCAAGCAAAACCAGUCACUAGCGCGAGGCCAAACAAACUUAUAACUACCAACCCAUUAGGAAAUGUUAUUCCCAUUACAAAACAAAAACCGAGCCAAAAAAUUAACAGUUCAAAUUUAAACAACCAACCGCCUGUUAUAACGAAAGCAUAUCCAAAGAGACCUAUAAAUCAAAGCAAAUACGGAGUUCCACCACAAAUUACGAAUGCAAAGCCGGCCCAAGUGAAUAUUAACCAGAGCCAGAUCGGAAUAAACGUCGCCAAACCCAUUAACAAUCAAAAACCAGCGGCACCGAAACUCACUACACCAAGAAACCGAGCGCCGCCAAUUGGAAACGCUAAGCCUGGUAUGCUGGUGACUACGCCCAUUUACGGUGCUCCGCCCAUCAAAGGGGCCAAACCGGCCCAGACGCCGAGCAACACUUCGGCUGUCAAUUCGACUAUAAGCCCGGCUCGACCCGGUGCACCGGGUAAUGGCGGCCAGUGGAACCACGUAAAGUACUGGCGUUAUGGCAUCGAAACCAGGUGUGGUAAAGAUGCGGCCAUGGAAGCAUUCAUAGCCUGCAACAUGGCCCCGGACGCACAAGGCAGACUGACUAACGCAAACGUGCCAGAGUUCAAAGAAUGUGUGGAGCGAAAGUGUUUCAGUUUGAUGAUACAGGCACAUCCAUUGGCUCUUCUCUUUUGGACGGUGGCUGUCAAGUUCUUCUUCGAGUCCAAUUUCACUUGA